CCUCUAUUGGAAUCCCAAUAUUUUCAAUAGCCCAGACCUACAACAGACCCAAAUGCUAACUGUGUCCAUUAACCAACAGCACUUCUGUAAUUCUAAGCCCCAGUGGUGAGGUCUACCACAUCCAUGAUAUCCACAUCUUCACGUCAACCAAUGUGGUGUACCAAAUAUCAUGCAUUAAAGUCCUCUGUCAAUAUAUAUUGCCAGAAUGCUGGGGGUGGCCCUGUCCACCCCCAGCACUGUACUUUCAAUGACUGUUGCUGGUGUCUAUCUUAUGUUUCUUUUUAGAAUGUGAGCCCUUUGGGGACAGGGAUCCAUCUUAUUUGUUUGUUAUUUCUCUGUGUAAACUACCCUGAGCCAUUUUUGGAAGGGCGGUAUAGAAAUCGAAUUAAUAAUAAUAAUAAUAAUAAUAAUAAUAAUUAUUAUUAUUAUUAUUAUUAUAUAUUGGUUAAACUGACCUGUCAUAGACAAUGACUAAAUGGACACAAAUACAGUAGGAUACUAUGACCAAAAAUAUUACGAAGCCUGUUGGUGAGCAUUUUAAUCUCCCUUGACAUAAGGUCACAGACCUCAGGGUGGCUAUACUUAAGAAGUUAAGUUCAGGGGGAUGUUUGUAACAUGAAAUAGCAGAACAAGAAUUUACAGUAAAUUCUGAUUGUGUCAGUCUCUCCUUGAAUAAAGAUAUGAGCUUUAUGCACAUUACAGACAUACAUAGCCAGUAAUUUCUCUCCUUUGCUACCUGGUAUGUAUAAAACCAUUCACAUAUUUUAAGUGUCUCUUUAAAUGUAUACAGAAUGUUUGUCACUACCUGCCUGUAAUGGACCAUCCUUGUGUUCACCCUGCAUCUGAGGAAGUGGGUUAUAACCCACGAACGCUCAUGCAUUAAAAUAUUAGUUUAAAAUAUAUUGCCUUAUUCUUUAAAAUCAAGCUAAUAGACUGACACCUUCUUCCGCUCUGUCUGCUUUAGUUUUAUGGGUUUUUUUUUAAAAAAACUAUCCACAACAGGAAACUCUAGAACUGUUAAAUGUGCACUACUGCUACCAUUCUGGGUCAUACCUGGAAUUUAACUGCAUCAGCUCCACCACUGCAAGGGUACAGGAUAAAUCACCUUUCUUGAAAACACAGAGGACUACUGUUUUCUGCCUGACCCUGUUUGUGAAGUAUUUAAGGAAGGAGGCUACAUGGCUAUCAGUGUCACAUCCCACAAUGUCACAUCCCACAUGCCUGACAAUUAUGAUGACUACUACUACGACAACGACAACUAUAAUGAGAAUUUUUUAGCAGCUUGUAGAGUUUUCCUAGUAUGCAUGUACUCAUUUACCUGUAUCUUUGGAGUGUUUGGAAAUGGGUUGGUUCUCAUAAUAUUAAUUUUCUAUCAGAAAGUGAAGAUGGUAACUGACAUAUUUUUAGUGAGCUUAGCUACAGCUGACUUGUGCUUUCUUUGUACUUUGCCAUUCUGGGCAUAUACUGCCGCUGAGGAGUGGAUCUUUGGCACUGUGCUGUGUAAAAUCAUCCGAGGUUUCUACACUUUGAAUCUGUACGGCUCUAUGUUAACUCUAACCUGUGUAACUAUUGACAGGUAUUUUGCUAUUGUCCAAGCCACCAAAGCCCACAUCAGCCAAGCCAAAAGAAAAGACUGGGGUAAAACAAUCUGCAUUUUGGUUUGGGUGAUAUCUCUGGCAUUUGCUCUUCCACAAUUUAUCUACAGUACACAGAAUACAAUAGACAAAAGUGUAUGUUGGACAAAAUAUCCUUCAGAUCGUGUGGCACUGUGUGUGGAAGGAAUCCAAAUGGUUCUUGGAUUCUUCUGCCCUAUACUUGUUAUGAUGGUUUGCUACUCAACAAUUAUGAACACUUUACUCAAGGCCAAGGGUUUCCACAAGCACAAAUCCUUGAAAAUAAUAUUUGCUAUCAUCAUGACAUUUGUUCUUACGCAGACACCCUACAACUUGUUGAAACUCAUACGUGCUGCACAUAGGCGUAUCAUUGUGGAGUACAAUUUUGAGCAUGCACUGAUUGUGACAGAAGCUAUUGCUUAUUUCCAUAGCUGCCUCAACCCUGUUCUCUAUUUCUUCAUUGGCGCAAAAUUUAGGAAGAAUUUGGUAAGAAUUCUUAAAAAUAUUGGAUGUACUAAACAUCAGCAAAUCAUGGAGCAAUGGCAAAUGACCGAAGAUGAUGCCUCAAAAACCUACACUGGCUCACAUAACGUAGAGGAAACAACCAUGUAUCCAGUGUGAGAGCAUCUUCAAGAUUCAUGAGUAUCUUCAGCAGAGUUUCAUUUUUGGUCACUCUGAGCACUCAUCAAAGCAAAUGACAAGAGCUGUAUCAUUUCACUGUAGUUAUAAUGUGGGUAGGGCUUAUGAAAGCUUCUCUGCAGCACAACAAGGGAAUUAUGUAUUUCACUGCAGUCCUGAUUCCUACGGUAUGGAUAUCUUUUGAAAAAUGACUGUACUGUCCUAACAUGCAUUAAUUUUGUACUGGAUUCUGAGAGGGAAUUGGUUGAAAUCCAGCGUUUGUUUUGAUUUGUAAUUCAUUGCUGGUUCCAGAGCAUGCCAGACCAAUUUGCUUUGUAUAAGAAACUGCAAAUAAUGUUUUGUUCGGUCUUUGCUUGCAGCAUGAAUUUUUUAAAUAUUAAACAUUGACUUUUCAGGAUA